CAGAAGCUCAGUCGAAAACGACCCGCGAACAGAUCAUCAUGGAUCAUGAGACAGAGAAAGAAAAAGUGAAAAAAAUUAAGUGGCCGCAAUGGAUUGCUGGUACCGGAGUCACUCUUCUACUGCUGCAAAUAGGAAUGAUGUCGUCUUGGAGCUCACCGUACGUUGCCCAACUGACUUCGCCCGGUUCCCAGAUACCUAUGACAAUGGACAUGGCAUCGUGGGUAGUUUCGCUUAUAAACCUAGGCAGACUAUUUGGCGCCGUUUCUGGAGCCGUCGCCGUCAACUACCUCGGAACCAAAACAACGAUCCUCGUCACUAGUUUACCGAUAGCACUCUGUUGGCUCUUUACAAUCGUAGCUAAUCGAGUGGAAUGGUUAUACGCGGCUAGAUUUCUCGGUGGUGUCAGCCUGGGAAAAAUAUACAGCAGUUUUUCGCUUUAUCUAGGCGAAAUCGCAGACCCCACCAUUCGCGGAGCUUUAGUCGUUUUAGCCAUGGGCGGAUUAUCAAUAGGAAAUCUAAUAAUGGGCAUCAUGGGCGCAUAUUUAAGCUUGGAGAUUUCUGCCAGCGUAGCUCUUGUCUUCUGCAUUAUAUUGAUGAUAAUUUUUAUCUGGCUGCCGGAAUCACCGUAUCAUCUCGUCAAGAUAAAAGCGGAGAACAGGGCGCGAGCGUCUAUACUUUGGUACCAUCGUGACUGUGACGUAGAAUUUGAAUUGCAAUCUCUAAAGAAGUUCAUCGAAACGAAUAAUAGCCUGCCUUUCAUAGAUGUUGUAAAAGAGUUCAGAUAUACGCAUAUCUGGAAAGCACAGAUGCUUGUAUUUGUGCUCUUCGUGUACAGUCAAUUGAGCGGUAUGAACAAUGUAAUGUUCUACAUGGAGACCAUUUUACGAAAUGCACAAGUGACCGCCAUAGAACCGGCAGUGGUUGUAAUCAUAAGUACUGCUGCUGGGAUUGUCAGUUCUAUGAUCUCCAUGUUUCUAAUCGACAAGUACGGCAGACGCAUCAUGAUGCUGGUUGCCUGCUUCAACUCCGCCGUUUCGAUGAUCGGCUUGAGCACGACGUUUCAACUUCUCGACGCAGGCUACGCUGACAUUCAAGGUCUACCGAUCUUCUCGAUGAUAUUCUUCCAGGUGGCCACCUUCAUGGGCGUUCUUUCAAUACCCACCGCAAUAUUGGGUGAGAUCUUUCCGCCGCACAUUAAAUGCGUGGCUGGUUGUUUCGGCAGCAUCGUGGCCGGAGUAUUCGCUUUCCUCUCCACAUCGACUUAUCAGCCUUUGAUACAUCUAGUCACGGAGAAAUACGUGUAUUACAUCUACUCCUUACUAUUAAUGACCGCUGUACCGUUUACAAUCUUCUGCAUGCCUGAGACCAAGGGCAAGAGCUUGCAGCAGAUCCAGGAAGACCUGACGAAGAAAGGCUGAGUCGACUCGAGUGCGUUUAUCGAAUUAUUCGGAUAAUUUAUAGGACACUCGUGGUGGACGAUAACUCAGUUUCUCGCGUUCGUGGCGAAAGGUUUUUCAUGGUUCGUGUUGGUGCCAAGUAAUGUUACUGCGACCAUUAACGAUCUGAUAAAUUGCAAUCUCCCGCGGUUUUUUUUACCCUAUGCAAACAUUAUACGUUCAACAAUUUGCGCGCGAACAGUACCGCCGUUUUUCUAUUAUAGUGCUAUUGCUUGUUAUAUAUUUAACGCUUACGGUUGAUCUCUGAAUGUUGCCAUUAGCAGCAUCAGAGCAUCGUUACAAAGUUUCAAGGGCUUUUUGCAAGCCGAUAUCACAAUUUCUCAUAAAUGUUCGAAACGUUAUCUUCGAGCAUUUUGUUUGAAAAAUUUGUAUUUUGCUAAAUAAAAUAAACUUCUUCUUUGAUACA